CAACCUUCAGUAAAUAUUCCGUCAGAGGUCCACCCAUUUGCCGAUCCCCUUCCCUCUUCUCUGGGAGAAACCCUCCCUUCACUCUGGGAGACAAGUUCUCUCCCGGGCGGAGGGGCCGGAGCUCCAGCGCCCGCACCUUCCUGACUUCCUUUGCUGAAACUUACUUUCUGCCAACCAAGAGCCAUGCUCCGGGUGAUUGUGGAAUCUGCCAGUAACAUCCCUAAAACGAAAUUUGGGAAGCCGGAUCCCAUUGUUUCGGUAAUUUUUAAGGAUGAGAAAAAGAAAACAAAGAAAGUCGAUAAUGAACUCAACCCUGUUUGGAAUGAGAUUUUGGAGUUUGACCUGAGGGGUGUACCACUGGACUUUUCAUCUUCCCUUGGGAUCGUUGUGAAAGAUUUUGAGACAAUUGGACAAAAUAAAUUAAUUGGCACAGCAACCGUCUCCCUGAAGGACCUGUCUGGAGACCAGAGCAGAUCGCUACCCUACAAACUCAUUUCCCUGCUAAACGAAAAGGGACAAGACACGGGGGCCACCAUUGACUUGGUGAUCGGCUAUGAUCCACCUUCAGCUCCACAUCCAAGUGACCCAAGUGGAACCAGCAUGCCAGGCACAGGAGGAGAAGAGGAAGAAGACACAGGUGAUGAAGACAGGUUGAAUGGUAUGGUCAGGGCCCCGGGACCCCGGGCACCAGGCGGGACGGUUUCAGAAGCCCAGCUUGCUCGGAGACUCACCAAAGGAAAGAAUAGCCGGCGGAUGCUGUCCAACAAGCCACAGGACUUCCAGAUCCGAGUCAGAGUGAUUGAGGGUCGCCAGUUAAGUGGCAAUAACAUAAGGCCUGUGGUCAAAGUUCACAUCUGUGGCCAGACACACCGAACAAGAAUCAAGAGAGGGAACAAUCCAUUUUUUGAUGAGUUAUUUUUCUACAAUGUCCACAUAACCCCUUCUGAAUUGAUGGAUGAGAUCAUCAGCAUCCGGGUUUACAAUUCCCAUUCUUUGCGGGCAGAUUGUCUGAUGGGGGAAUUUAAGAUCGAUGUUGGAUUUGUUUAUGAUGAACCUGGUCAUGCUGUCAUGAGAAAAUGGCUUCUUCUCAAUGACCCUGAAGACACCAGCUCAGGUGCUAAAGGCUACAUGAAAGUCAGCAUGUUCGUCCUGGGAACUGGAGAUGAACCUCCCCCUGAGAAACAAGAUCGUGAUAACGACAGUGAUGAUGUGGAGAGCAAUUUGUUACUCCCUGCUGGCAUUGCCCUUCGGUGGGUGACCUUCCUGCUGAAAAUCUACCGAGCCGAGGAUAUCCCCCAGAUGGAUGAUGCCUUCUCACAGACGGUAAAGGAAAUAUUUGGUGGCACUGCAGAUAAGAAAAACCUUGUGGACCCUUUUGUAGAAGUUUCCUUUGCUGGGAAAAAGGUUUGCACAAAUAUAAUUGAGAAAAAUGCAAACCCAGAGUGGAAUCAAGUCGUCAAUCUUCAGAUCAAGUUUCCUUCAAUGUGUGAAAAAAUAAAACUAACAGUAUAUGACUGGGAUCGUCUCACCAAAAAUGAUGUAGUUGGGACAACAUAUCUAUACCUCUCUAAAAUUGCUGCAUCUGGUGGGGAAGUAGAAGAUUUCUCAUCUUCGGGAACUGGGUCUGCAUCAUACACAGCAAAUACGGGAGAAACAGAAGUGGGCUUUGUUCCGACAUUUGGACCAUGCUACCUGAACCUUUAUGGAAGCCCCAGAGAGUACACAGGAUUCCCAGACCCCUAUGAUGAGCUAAAUACUGGAAAGGGAGAAGGUGUUGCCUACAGAGGCAGGAUCUUGGUUGAAUUAAGCACUUUCCUUGAAAAGACACCACCGGAUAAAAAGCUUGAGCCCAUUUCAAAUGAUGACCUGCUGGUUGUUGAGAAAUAUCAGCGAAGGCGAAAGUACAGCCUAUCGGCUGUGUUCCAUUCAGCCACCAUGCUGCAAGAUGUUGGCGAGGCCAUCCAGUUUGAAGUCAGCAUUGGGAACUAUGGCAACAAGUUUGACGCGACCUGUAAACCUUUGGCAUCAACCACUCAAUACAGCCGUGCCAUAUUUGAUGGAAAUUACUAUUAUUACUUGCCGUGGGCCCACACAAAGCCAGUUGUUACCCUGACUUCAUACUGGGAGGAUAUUAGUCACCGACUAGAUGCAGUGAACACUCUCCUAGUCAUGGCAGAACGGCUGCAAUCCAACAUAGAGGCUCUAAAAUCAGGCACACAAGGAAAAAUUCCUGCAAACCAACUGGCUGAACUAUGGUUGAAGCUGAUAGAUGAAGUUAUAGAAGACACCAGAUACACCUUGCCCCUCACAGAAGGAAAAGCUAACGUCACAAUUCUUGAUACUCAGAUCCGAAAGUUGCGGUCCAGAUUUCUCUCCCAGAUACAUGAGGCAGCUGUAAGGAUGAGGUCUGAAGCCACAGAUGUGAAGUCCACAUUGUUAGAAAUUGAAGACUGGCUUGAUAAAUUAAUGCAACUCACUGAAGAGCCACAGAACAGCAUGCCUGAUAUUAUCAUCUGGAUGAUCCGAGGAGAAAAAAGACUGGCCUAUGCACGGAUUCCUGCACAUCGGGUUUUGUACUCCACCAGUGGUGAGAAUGCAUCUGGGAAAUACUGUGGGAAAACCCAGACCAUCCUUCUGAAGUACCCGCAGGAAAAAAGCAACGGACCCAAAGUGCCUGUGGAACUGCGGGUGAACAUCUGGCUGGGCUUAAGUGCUGUUGAGAAGAAGUUCAAUAGCUUCGCAGAAGGAACUUUCACUGUCUUUGCUGAAAUGUAUGAAAAUCAAGCUCUCAUGUUUGGAAAAUGGGGCACCUCUGGAUUGGUGGGACGUCAUAAAUUUUCUGAUGUCACAGGAAAAAUAAAACUAAAAAGGGAAUUCUUUCUGCCUCCAAAAGGCUGGGAAUGGGAAGGAGAGUGGAUAGUUGACCCUGAAAGAAGCUUGCUGACUGAAGCCGACGCAGGUCACACAGAGUUCACAGAUGAAGUCUACCAGAACGAGAGCCGUUACCCCGGGGGCGAGUGGAAGCCAGCCGAGGAUACAUACACUGACGCGAAUGGUGAAAAAGCAGCAUCCCCCCACGAGCUGACUUGUCCUCCAGGCUGGGAGUGGGAGGAUGAUGCGUGGGUAUAUGACAUAAAUCGAGCAGUGGAUGAGAAAGGUUGGGAGUAUGGCAUUACCAUUCCUCCUGAUAAUAAGCCCAAAUGCUGGGUUGCAGCAGAGAAAAUGUAUCACACUCAUAGACGGCGAAGGCUGAUCCGAAAACGCAAGAAAGAUUUAACGCAAACUGCUUCAAGUACUGCCAAGGCCAUGGAAGAAUUUGAAGACCGAGAAGGAUGGGAAUAUGCUUCUUUGAUUGGCUGGAAAUUUCACUGGCAACAGCGUAGUUCAGAUACUUUCCGCCGCAGACGCUGGAGGAGAAAAAUGGCUCCUUCAGAAACACAUGGUGCAGCUGCCAUCUUUAAACUUGAAGGCGCCCUUGGUGCAGACACCACUGAGGAUGGAGAUGAGAAGAGCAAUGAAAAGCAGAAGCACAGCGCCACCACUGUGUUUGGAGCAAACACUCCCAUUGUUUCGUGUAAUUUCGACAGAGUGUACAUCUACCAUCUGCGCUGCUACAUCUAUCAAGCAAGAAACCUCAUGGCUUUAGACAAGGAUAGUUUUUCAGAUCCAUAUGCUCAUGUCUCCUUCCUCCAUCGAAGCAAAACCACCGAGAUCAUCCACUCAACCCUGAAUCCCACAUGGGACCAAACAAUUAUAUUUGAUGAGAUUGAAAUCUACGGGGAACCCCAAACAGUUCUACAGGAUCCACCCAAAGUUAUCAUAGAACUUUUUGACAAUGACCAAGUGGGCAAAGAUGAAUUUUUAGGACGAAGCAUUUGCUCUCCUCUGGUGAAACUAAACUCAGAAAUGGAUGUCACACCUAAACUUCUCUGGCACCCAGUCAUGAAUGGAGAGAAGGCCUGUGGGGAUGUCCUUGUGACUGCAGAGCUGAUUCUGAGGGACAAGGACGGCUCCAACCUUCCCAUUCUUCCGUCUCAAAGGGCGCCAAACCUGUACAUGGUCCCCCAGGGUAUCAGGCCUGUGGUUCAGCUCACUGCUAUUGAGAUUCUAGCUUGGGGUUUAAGAAAUAUGAAAAACUACCAGAUGGCUUCUGUCACAUCCCCCAGUCUUGUUGUGGAGUGCGGAGGGGAAAGGGUAGAAUCUGUGGUGAUCAAAAACCUUAAGAAGACACCCAACUUUCCAAGUUCUGUUCUCUUCAUGAAAGUGUUCUUGCCCAAGGAGGAGUUGUACAUGCCUCCGCUGGUGAUCAAAGUUAUCGACCAUAGGCAGUUUGGGCGGAAACCAGUGGUGGGUCAGUGCACCAUUGACCACCUGGACCGUUUUCGCUGUGACCCUUAUGCCGGAAAGGAGGAUAUUGUGCCACAGCUAAAAGCCUCCCUUCUGUCUGCACCCCCCUGCCGGGAUGUCAUUGUUGAAAUAGAAGAUACCAAACCACUGUUGACUUCUAAGUGCUUAAGCAGUAUGUCAGCAGCACUCAGCAAAAUGGCUUCUCCAAGGACAGUGCAUCUGACGGAAAAGGAGGAAGAAAUUGUUGACUGGUGGAGUAAAUUUUAUGCUUCCUCUGGGGAACUUGAAAAAUGUGGACAGUAUAUCCAGAAAGGCUAUUCCAAACUCAAGAUAUAUGACUGUGAACUAGAGGAUGUAGCAGACUUCGAGGGCCUGACGGACUUCUCAGAUACUUUCAAGUUGUUCCGAGGCAAAUCAGAGGAGAAUGAAGAUCCUUCUGUGGUGGGAGAGUUUAAGGGCUCCUUUCGAAUCUACCCACUGUCGGAUGACCCCAGCGUGCCGGCCCCUCCCCGGCAGUUUCGGGAAUUACCUGACAGCGUUCCACAGGAAUGCACGGUUAGGAUUUACAUUGUUCGAGGCUUAGAGCUUCAGCCCCAGGACAACAAUGGCCUGUGUGACCCUUACAUAAAAAUAACACUGGGUAAAAAAGUAAUUGAAGACCGUGACCACUACAUUCCCAACACUCUCAACCCAGUUUUUGGCAGAAUGUAUGAACUGAGCUGCUACUUACCUCAAGAAAAAGACCUGAAAAUUUCUGUCUAUGAUUAUGACACCUUUACCCGUGAUGAAAAAGUAGGAGAAACGAUCAUUGAUCUGGAGAACCGCUUCCUGUCCCGGUUUGGGUCCCACUGUGGCAUUCCCGAGCAGUACUGUGUUUCUGGAGUAAAUACGUGGCGGGAUCAAUUGAAACCAACACAGUUGCUUCAAAAUGUAGCCCGAUUCAAAGGCUUCCCACCGCCCAUCCUUUCUGAAGAUGGAAGCAGAAUCAGAUAUGGAGGGAGAGAAUAUGGCUUGGAUGAAUUUGAAGCCAACAAAAUCCUGCACCAGCACCUCGGGGCCCCUGAAGAGCGCCUUGCCCUUCACAUCCUCAGGACUCAGGGGCUGGUCCCCGAGCACGUGGAAACAAGGACUUUGCACAGCACGUUCCAACCCAACAUUUCCCAGGGCAAACUUCAGAUGUGGGUGGAUGUUUUCCCCAAAAGUUUGGGGCCACCAGGCCCCCCUUUCAACAUCAUGCCACGAAAAGCCAAGAAAUACUACCUACGUGUGAUCAUCUGGAACACCAAGGAUGUUAUCUUGGAUGAGAAAAGCAUCACCGGAGAGGAAAUGAGUGACAUCUAUGUCAAAGGUUGGAUUCCUGGCAGUGAAGAAAACAAACAGAAAACAGAUGUCCAUUACCGGUCCUUGGAUGGUGAAGGGAAUUUUAACUGGAGAUUUGUGUUCCCAUUUGACUACCUCCCCGCUGAACAACUCUGUAUUGUUGCUAAAAAAGAGCAUUUCUGGAGUAUUGACCAAACAGAGUUUAGAGUUCCACCCCGGCUGAUCAUUCAGAUAUGGGACAAUGACAAGUUUUCACUGGAUGACUACUUGGGUUUCCUGGAACUUGAUUUGCAUCACACAAUCAUUCCAGCAAAAUCUUCGGAGAAAUGCAAUUUGGACAUGAUUCCAGACCUCAAGACCAUGAACCCCCUUAAAGCUAAGACCGCCUCACUCUUUGAACAGAAGUCCAUGAGAGGAUGGUGGCCAUGCUACGCAGAUAAAGAUGGCUCCCGGGUGAUGGCUGGGAAAGUCGAGAUGACAUUGGAGGUCCUCAACGAGAAGGAGGCCGACGAGAGGCCAGCCGGGAAAGGGCGGGAUGAACCCAACAUGAACCCCAAGCUGGACCCACCCAACCGACCCGAGACCUCCUUCCUCUGGUUCACAAACCCUUGCAAGACCAUGCGGUUCAUCGUGUGGCGCCGGUUUAAGUGGGUCAUUAUCGGCCUGCUCAUCCUGCUCAUCCUGCUGCUCUUCCUGGCUGUGCUCCUGUACUCCUUGCCGAACUAUUUAUCAAUGAAAAUCGUGAAGCCGAAUGUUUAAUAAAAAUGAAGACAACUUCUCAAGAGCCAUCCAGCAACGAGGGAAUCCUGUCCCCAUGGACCAAAUCUGCGUGUGAUUUGGUUCGUGUCAGAGGCUCCAGCCCAGCCGUGUGCUACACUACUUGACCACACUAAAUCCUGGAAAGUCAGGCCAGCAAACAACAUUUUUACCUUGUUACCUUUUGAGGUAUUAAAAGUUAUAUUUUCUAAAGUUUUGACCAUAUUUUUCAGAGUAUUUUUUCAAGGUGGCUGGUUCCAUUUUCUGUGUCCUCGAUUCCAUGAUUCAAGUUUUGAAAAUUGCUGGAAUGGAAUUUGGAAAUUUCUGUAUCUUGACAUCCUAUUCUUCAUAUCUGUAAUCAAGAAAAAAGACUGUGCAUUAUGUAAGCAGCUAGCAUAUAUAAUUCUUAUACCACAACCACUAGUAAGAUAUUUUGUAUGGAUAAACAUCAUGAGACUCUUCGAUCUCUGUGAUGAAUCAAAUAAAACUAUUUUACACAUA